AUGCGCCGAAGGGCGAGCAAUUCGGCCCGUUUUUAUGUGUCGAAGGCGUCGGGGUUAAAGGAUCUCACCCGUGAAGCGUUAACGGAGGCCUUGCUGACGGAUGAGUCUCUCCUCCCUCAGAUUGUUCGUCAGGGUUCGGCGUUGAAUGGAACUCGCCCGUUCUGGAGAAAUAAGAGGACUGGGCUGCAGGCGCAAGCCCGCUUUCUCUCGCCCGAACCGUCAUCGGUGUUUCUCACCUUUAGUGCCGCCGAUAUGCAAUGGGAGGACUUGCAUCGACACUUCCCCGGAUUUUCGGCCGCGGCGAGGAGGGAUGAUCGUCUUCGGCGCCAAUUCAUUUGGGAGAUGGUUCAAAGCCACCCACACAUCAUCGCCUCCUACUUGGAUAUCCGCUUUCGGGUCUUCAAAGAGCGCGUUUUGCGGCCCUUCUUUGGCUAUACGGACGAGUGGUCCCGGUUUGAGUGGCAGGCUCGAGGCUCCGGCCACUUACACUGGCUCUUUUGGAUCCCAUCGGCACCUCCCCUCGAUGUCGCAACGCCCGACGCCCGAGCCCGAUUUGCCCAGUACUGGGGUGUCCGUAUCACGGCCUGGAAUCCGGACCAGCUCCGGCUCCCUGAUGCACGAAACCCGGCGUCCCUGGCCCGUUCGGAUGUCGCUAAUACGGCCGAUCAAUUUGCUGCAUUCCUCAACCGACUUCAGGUGCACUCGGCGUGUAGAGCGCCUUACUGUUUACGGCCGAAACGAGGAUCGGAAGUCCCGUCGGUGGUUAUUUUCUUCAGCCCAAAACUAGGCGAAUCUGGACCAGUGUUCACCGAUCGUCACGAUGGGGUGGAUGGCGAAUACGGACAUCCAACCGCCGACCAGCUUGCCUGCCGUCCUGUCUUAUAUAGACUUAUUGGAGAACGGGAUUGGUCAGCACAGGAGGUCUCCCAUCUCCUUCUGCAGAUUCCGGUUCAGCAUUCGUCGCGGGAAGUCGUCAACCUCGAUUGCCGGCCCGAAGAUGACCUGAUUGUCUUGGAGUCGGGGGACAUUUCGGCCAGGCGAUCGGUUCUUACGAAGGCAUCGAGAUCGUCUGACCGAUACGAGAAACGGGAACGCCGCCCCUCCGGGCCUCAGUCUUUUGAGCUGCCUCCAGUUUUGGGAUUGGCUGACGUGGAAGAUCCGGCCGCGGGCGGGUUCACGGGUCAUCAACUACCACCCCAGGCAUCCGAACGAUCCGAAAUCUCUGAGUUAUUCGGACUAUUGCCGCGUCAAAUUGAUGCUCCAUCAUCCAUUUACGGACUGGUCCGAUCUCCUCUCCGUCGAGAACGAGAGCUACGGAUCAUAUAUCGACGCAUUUCGGGCCUGUCGACGUUUACAUACACACCCGCUAGACUUCUACGAACGACCCGGAAGGAGAAGGCUCGGAUUCGGACUCGAGUUUUGGCGCGCCGGCGGCCAGGGGCAGAUUUGCCCACCCAUGGGGACUUACUGGACGGUUUAGGGAGCCGGGAAAUCGACCGUGCGUAUGACUGGUCGACGCAUAUCGGGCGGUAUGGUGAUCUACGUCCAGAUGUCUGGGAGCAAAUCAAGGCCGAAAAUCCGAUUGAGUUGGUGGUGGAUGUGAAUUCCUCGCCCGAACCAUUGAAUCAGGAGCAGAAAAAGCUCUAUGACACGAUCGUCACCCACUACACGAAUGAGAUCAGCCUCACGAGACUCUCCGCGCCAUCACAACUUCUUCUGAACGUGGAUGGGGAGGCCGGGGACCGGAAUGACGUUUACCCUACUCAAAGCAUGCGCCAGGAUACAGGAGAUCGCGACAGCCGCCGGAAAGGGCAACCCUGUCUUUCGGGCGGCUCCGACAGGCAUUGCUGCAUUCAAUAUCGUAGGCAAGACCCUGGAUAG